AUGAAUAAAGUAAAGAAAAAUGAAAAAGUUAUUGUCAAAGAAAGUAUUAUUUACAUAAAAAAAUAUUUUGCUUUACAUGAUAAAACUGCUAUAUCUAUAAAUGAGCUCAUGAGCAUCAUCCUAAAUAAAAACUUUAAUCAAAAUAUAAGAAUUAAUGAAAAAGGGACAUUAGAUAAUAUUCUUAAGAAAGAAUUAAAAUAUGAGUUUAUAAAAGUAUACGAAAUAUUAAAAACAACAUUAGGGGAAAUGAAGGAGUGUAUUAAAAAAAUUAAAAAGUUAAGAAAAGUUAUAAAUGAAUUUAAAAUUAAAAGCAUUACAUUAUAUUCUUUGCAUACAUUUUUUAACAGUACAUUAAUUUAUUUCAAUCAAGAUUAUAAAUUAAAAGAAAAAUUACAUGAAUCUAUUAUUCAUAUUGAUGAAACUUGUGAAAAUGAGAUAAAUAGAAUACAAGUGAUUUGGAAAGAAACCCCUUUUUUAUUUUUAAUUUUACAAAAAUUUAAUACUAACAAAUUAAUUAAGGAGUGUGAAUUUUUUUUAAACAAAGCAUAA